ACAAACGGUGUUGUCGCUCCGAAAUUCCCAUAAAUUUUUGACGUAGCUUUUUUAAUUUCAGAAACCCCUUUUCUUAUUUUCUCCUUUCGACUAAAAAUAUGGCAUGUUCAAAGUUAUUUUUAGGAGAUUUACCUGAGUUAGUAAACGAAAUUAUACAACAUUUUCAUUAUGAUUACAAAACAUUACAUUCAUGUAUAUUAGUUAAUAAAUUAUGGUGUCAUUUAGCAAUCCCAUUAUUAUGGGAAGAUCCAUUUUCACUUAAAUUACCUAAAAAUUAUCACUUUAUUGAAAUUUACUUAUAUAAGCUAAACGAUGAUUACAAAAUAAAACUAGAUGAAUAUUUAACUCAAAAUGAUAUAUUUCCUUCAAAUACGCUAUUUAAUUAUCCUAGUUUUAUUCAACGUUUAGAUGCAUAUGAAAUCAUUAAUUCUAUUAAUGAGUGGGCUAGGACUAUUGAAACUUCAAAAACUAAAGCGCAACGUUCUGGCUAUUUUAUGCGAAAUAAAUUAUUACCUUUGCAAAUGAUAAAUUUUACAAAGUUAAUAUAUAAAUCAUUAUUUAUAAUAUUCAUUGAAAAUGAAGUAAAUUUGCAUAGUUUUGAAGUUAUGUUGUUUAACAAUACAAAAUUUGAAUAUUUUGAUGAGAUUCUUGAAUUAAUAUUACAAAAUCCGAAAUUCAUUUGUAAUAUUAAAAAUUUUGAAAUUAAUUUUUAUGAGGUAACUGAAAAUACAAGAAUAUUUACAAAAUUUCUCUACUCUAAUUGUAAUUCAAUUUCAUCACUUUAUUUGCAAUAUUCAUUUUAUCAUUUUCCAGUGACUGAAAAAUGUUCAUCGUUAUCACAAAUUAUUCAAUCUCAAAUAAAUCUUAGAAAACUUUUUCUUGGUUGUCAAUUUCCUUUGCACCAAUCACUAUCAUCUUUAAUUAAAAAUCCUAAUUGUUCAAAUACUUUAAAUACAAUUAUAUUUUAUUAUGUUGAUUUUAAAAAUAUACUUAUUUUGAGUGAAGCAUUUAAUCACUUGAAUGUUUUAGAAUCAAUUCAUAUUAUUUAUUGUCGUUCUUUAGAUUCUAGAUUUAUUCAGCAAAUUAAUAAUAUCACUAAACCUUUUAAAUUAAAAUCUUUAUUUUUGAAUGAAAUAUUACAAACUGAAGAAUUGUUAGUACAAAAAUCUUGCGAUUAUUUAGAAAAUUUUGGAAUUAUAGGCAGAGAACCACAACAAUUACUACAAUUAAUUAUAAAAUAUUGUAGCAAAAUUAAAUAUUUGGGUCCUAUUUCAAUGAAUAAUAAGUGUAGUUAUUUAUUAUUAAAUUUAGUUGAAAAUAUUACACAAAAUCUUGAUUAUCUUUUUAUAGAAACUUCCAUUAGUGAUAUUAGUUCAAUUAUAUUAAAAAAUUUAGGUCAAAUUCUUCCUCAUAAAUUAGAAUAUUUGCAUUUGAGUCUUUCAAUUGAUAGAAUUGAUUUUGAAAUAUUUUUAAAAAAUUUUCAAAAUACUUUUGUUAAAAAAUUGGUAAUCAGAAAUAGAAGUAAAGGAAAAAAUGGUGAUAUUUUCCCUUCUAUAAAAGAAUAUAUUAUGAAAAAGAAAAGAGUCAAAUAUUUUGCUUUUUCAGAAAUUAAAUAUUCAAGAAUUGAUGAUUUGUUUUUUCUAAAAAAUAAGGUAAAGGAAUUUGAAUUAUAUGAUAUUCAAGUUUUAUGUUAUAGGGAUUUAUCUAUUGAUAUUUAUGAUUUUAUAAAAGAAGUUAAUUAG